AUGUAUAACUUGAGUUGUUAUAACUCCCGUUCCUUUGUCUUUGUUGGAAUACCUGGCCUGGAGAAGUUCCACAUGUGGAUUGGGAUUCCCUUUUGUAUCAUCUAUGUUGUGGCUGUUGUGGGCAAUUGCAUCCUUCUCUACCUCAUUGCAGUUGAGCACAGCCUUCAUGAGCCCAUGUUUUUCUUCCUCUCUAUGCUGGCCACCACAGACCUCAUCUUGUCCACUGCCACGGUGCCCAAACUACUCAGUAACUUCUGGAUUGGCUCCCAAGAAAUAACCUUUUCUGGUUGUCUAACUCAGAUGUUCUUCCUCCACUUCAGCUUUGUGGUGGACUCAGCCAUUCUGCUGGCCAUGGCAUUUGAUCGUUAUGUGGCCAUCUGCUUCCCCUUGAGAUAUAGCGCCAUCCUGACUCCGCAAGUGAUCAUCAAGCUUAUGGUGAGCAUUGUUGUGAGAAGCUUCUCCAUCAUCCUACCAGACGUUUUCCUGCUAAAACGGUUACCCUUUUGCAGGACACAUAUCAUCCCUCACACCUACUGUGAGCACAUAGGUGUUGCUCAGCUUUCAUCUGCAGACAUCUCCAUCAACAUCUGGUAUGGGUUUGCUGUACCUCUCAUGACUGUCAUCUCAGAUGUGAUCUUCAUUGCUGUUUCCUAUGCCUUCAUCCUUUGUGCUGUAUUCCAACUCUCAUCCCAGGGUGCCCGCCAAAAAGCCCUCAGCACCUGUGGUUCCCAUGUCUGUGUCAUCCUCAUGUUUUACACCCCUGCCUUCUUCUCCAUCCUUGCUCAUCGCUUUGGGCACAGUGUCCCUCAAAAUGUGCUUAUCCUGUUUGCCAACCUCUAUGUGGCCAUCCCUCCUGCUCUAAAUCCUAUUGUUUAUGGAAUGAAGACAAAGCAGACACAGGACAAAUUUAUUCUCCUCUUCUCUUUGAAGAAGUCACAAUGA